AUGAAUGAAUUGCUACAUCAUCAUCAAAACCAUUAUGGCCAAUCCACAGAUAGGUCUGUUCUUAUCUAUCUAUCUAUCUAUCUAUCUAUCUAUAUAUAUAUAUAUCCAUAUAUAUAUCUGUCUGUCUGUCUGUCUGCGUGUCUCAGUCUGUUCAUAUUUAUCUCUCUCAAUCUGUUCAUAUCUAUCUAUCUAUCUAUCCGUCUGUCUGUCUUAGUCUGUUCAUAUCUAUCUAUCUAUCUCAGUCUGUUCAUAUCUAUCUAUCUAUGUAUCUAUCUCAGUCUGUUCAUAUCUAUCUAUCUAUCUAUCUAUCUAUCUAUCUAUCUAUCUAUCUGCCUUUUGUCUUUUCUAUCUGUUCAUAUCUAUCUAUCUAUCUAUCUAUCUAUCUAUAUCUAUCUAUCAUCUAUCUAUCUAUCUAUCUUCUAUCUAUCUAUCUAUCUAGUUCUGUUCAAUCUUCUAUCUAUCUAUUUCUAUCUGUCUUUCUGUCAUUGUCUUUCAUUCAUCUAUCUAUCUAUCUAUCUAUGUCUGUUCAUAUCUAUCUAUCUAUCUAUCUAUCUAUCUAUCUAUCAUAAUCUCAUUUCUCCAUUUCAAUUUUUCAUCUUAUUCAAAAAGAACUAUCUGAAAAAAACUUUCUCUAUCUAUCUAUCUAUCUAUCUAUCUAUCUAUGUCUGUUCAUAUCUAUCUAUCUAUCUAUCUAUCUAUCUGUUAAUAUCUAUCUAUCUAUGUCUGUUAAUAUCUAUCUAUCAUAAUCUCAUAUUUCUCAGCAUAUUUCCGUUUUUCAUGCUUAUUCAGCGAGAACUAUCUGAAACAGACUUUCUAUCUAUCUAUCUAUCUAUCUAG